AUGACCAACGUCAAGUUCCGCGAGGGCGGCUACGGCACGGACUGGGUCGCGUUCGCUAAGCAUCAUCCGUCCGUUUUGGAACGCGCCAACGCCGAGAUCAACGGCGGCCACGUCGACGACCUCGAGUCGUUCAAGGCGCGCACGGCCAGCCGGCGCCUCAACCUAGCGACGGGCGCCGCGAACGUCCACUGGCAGCAGUGCGACGAGAACGCCGCGAACAAGGACACGUGCUCCUGGAGCCACCACAAGAAGAAGUGCAAGAGCAAGCGCAAGGCGUGCUCGUCGCUCGCCUCCAAGAUGAAGUGCCACAAGUCCAAGUACCACAACUUCUGCAAGUGGAGCCACAAGAAGGACAAGUGCCGCAACGUCAAGUGCAAGGAGAUCGACGCGAAGCGGGACUGCAAGAAGGGCUGCGAGUGGAAGAACAAGCAGUGCCAGAAGGAGCGCUCCGUCGACUCCGGCGUGUGCGUCCAGGACUUCUAG